ACUUGGACGUGGACGUGGACUUCGACGUGGUCGUGGACGUGGACGUGGACGUGGACUUGGAUGUGGACGUGGACUUGGACGUGGACGUGGACGUGGACGUGGACGUGGACUUGGACUUGGACGUGGACGUGGACUUGGACGUGGUCGUGUACGUGGACGUGGACGUGGAUGUGGUCGUGGACGUUGACGUGGACGUGGUCGUGGACUUGGAUGUGGACGUGGACGUGGACCUGGACGUGGACGAGGACCUGGACGUGGACGUGGACCUGGACGUGGACGUGGUCGUGGACGUGGACGUGGACCUGGACGUGGACGUGGACUUGGACGUGGACGUGGACGUGGAGGACUUGGACGUGGACGUGGACGUGGUCGUGGACGUGGACGUGGAUGUGGACGUGGACGUGGUCGUGGACAUGGAUGUGGACGUGGACUAA